AUGGGUACGCCAAACCCACAAACGUUGGACGCUCCAAAGAAAGAUACUGGUUCAGUAUCACCCCACCAAGGUGGGAUUGUACAGAGAUCUAAAUCGGAAAGUAGUUUAGGAGAUAUUUUACUUGAAGGAGAUUCAACCAAUAAAACAGACGACAGCCGAAAAUCUUCUCCAGAAAUAUCUAUUACAGAUGAAGAGAACCCUAGGAGAGGAGUGGUUCGAACUGACAGUGUAAAAACUCAGUCUGGUUUAAGACUGCUGGAAGAAAAGAUGAAUCUUCUUGCACACUUACAGGAUCAAGAGGAUAGGAAAAGGUAUAAACUCACUCAGAUCAAGAAAGAGGAAGGUUUAACUGCUGAAUACUCAAACCAACAGCUUCUAAACCAUCUCAAUAGAAAAUUGGGCUAUCUUGAAAAAGAACAUACCGAGUUAAUGGAUGCAUCUCUUAAUCUAAAGGCCAGUUUAUCCGAUCAAAAAGAAGCCCAGGACAGUAUCACGCAGAAACUUAUAAACAAAAUUGAUGCUUUUAACGCAACUAAACUAGGCUCAAGCCCGGACACGAAUAUUUCAUCAUUGAGGAACAUUCAGAAGCUGUCUAACCAUCUAGAGAAUCAUACUGAAGUGAAUUCUUCUGAGAUCCAACUUGAGCUGUUUACCACCCUGGCUUUACUGAGGGAAGAACUUCUAAACCUGGCUACCACUCAAGGAUUUGAUACAAAAUGUGUAUUGGAGGAAUCAAAGGCUGGAUUAAAAACCACGUUAUUGCAUUCUGAGGAGGACUUAAGAUACGGAAGUUCUAGGGCGGACAGCUAUAACUGCAGCCAUGACUCAAGAUUAGCCAGCUUAGCUAGUUCCACUAACAGUGUAUACAACCCCAGCACCUCCCAUUCUAUGAGUAUUUAUGGAUCUGAAACUGCUCUGGAUUUGUACAACAAGGCGGAACAGCUAGAGGUGAGUCUUCUUCUUGGAGGUAAAACUGAUAAUGCUCUGCUCAACGAGGAUAUUUAUGAUGAGGAGGAUGAUGAACUACCAGUGCUAGUCACUGUUCAAAGAAAAGGUUCUCUUUCAGCCUCAGAGGACGGGAAAAGAUUAAGCAAGAUAAGCAGAAGAGUAUCCUCGGACAAUAUAUCUACUCCUGCUUCUAACUGCUCAAGGUCUCCUAGCCUACAGAGUACAGAUGAGGAAGAAGCGAACGGAUUAGUUCAGUUUGUUCCUAUCCAUCAUUUUCCUAUCCAACCUUCUUCUAUUCAUCCUUCUCCUAUCCAACCUACUCCUAUCCAACCUUUUCCUAUCCAACCAUCUCAACCUUCCCCCACUACUCCUUUCAUUCUCACUUCUGGAGAAAUACUCCCUACUUCCGUGUUUCCAAGCACUCCAUAUAUAGAUGCAUCUCUGGCAAAGACUGGAACAGAUAGCUCAGCUCAAGAUUGGAAAAGAGAAUUUGAACCAAGAGAGAAAUCUGAAAUAGAAAAAGUGCAAGAACUUGUGUCAGCUCUUCAAAAAACGGAUUUAGAAAACUACAAGAGAAGAAUUGAACAAAGCAAGGGAAAUAAAACAGAAAAAGAGGUGGAGAAUCUACAAAUUACUAAAGAGCAGAAAGUUUUUGAUUUAGAAAAGCUAUGUGUUCCUACAGUUAAAACUACAAUCAGUGCUCCUACUAAACAAGUUGAAAUUAAAACAAGAAACCUAAUGGGAGUUUUGGUUCCAAUUGAAUCCAAAAAUGUGAAUUCAAGGGAAGGAACUAGUCAAAAUGAAGGUUCCCAGAUAACUGUUUCUACUGAUUUAUCAAAAGAUCUACAGAAAGAUUUUUCAGUGGGAAAAUGUCAAAACGCAGAAGAAAUUAAAAUAGAAUCGGCACCAACCAAACGUCCCACUCAGCUUCCAGCUGUGAAAGAUUUUCCAAAAACUAGUCAGAUAAAAACAAAAUCUGCGCGGGGGACCUUAAAUCCAGGUCUUAUUAACUUAACAAAGAAGCAGACUGCAAGAGAAGAGUUUUUGUUUUCCGGACCCGGCAAUCUUCUUGGAAAUUCAUCUCCACCAGUUAACCAAACCAUACAACUUAUCCAAUCAAACCAACCCAGCCAAUCCAACCAAUCAAAUCAAUCCAAUCAACCCAACAAGCCUUUGCUAACCAAUCAAAGUAAAACCAAACUGGAAAAGAAACCAGUUUUGUCUAUCAACGCAUUUGGUUCAACCAACCAAACAAAGAACAUCCAAGAUAACCCUGUUUUGAAUUCUGUCAUAUCUUUAAGUAAAAGCUCAGUUAAACCUAAUCCAGCUGAAGAGUCAAACAUUAAUAUUUUCAGCAAGAGUUUAAGCGAUACUGCUGUCAACAGGAAACUAUACACUGCUGAACCUCAAGUCAAGAUGGAAGAAACAAAUCCGGGAAUUCCGAUUAAAAAAUCGACCAACAAGGUCACAAACAUUUUCAAACGGAUUCCAACAAGUUUAAGUGAAUCCAACAUAAAACUAAGGGAGCAGUCAUCCUUGGUAGCUCACCGAGCCAAUAGAGAAAUAUUUGAAAAAGAAGUCGCCCAAGAAGGGGGAAGAAGUUUAGAUGAGCAGAUUGGCGGAUUACCAGAAGGAUUAGAAGGAGAACAUGAUAAUGAGAAUCUUGUCUGUGGAGAACUACACAUCAGAUUUGGAACAAAAAAAUCGAAUUCAAGAACUCAACUGGAAAAAUCUAAAAGUGAUGACAGUGUCGGAACCAAGAGUGCCAAGAUCGCAAAAUCUAGUCUUUUUAACAAAUUCAGGGGAAACCAAGUUACAAGAAAGGAAUCUAACCACAGAAGUUUAUCAAGCAGUGGGUCUGGUGUAAUAAAUCAAGGAAUUCCAAGAAGGGAUAUUCAGCAAUCUGUUAGCCAUUCUAAAAAACUUGAUAGCGCGACAAGCCAACCUGUUAUGAAUGAUAGACAAGUUGAUAUGAAAGGAAGACGACCUGAUCACAAUAAUAGAAAUGUUCGAAGCAACUCUAGAGAUGGCAGAGGGGCGUCUGUAAACCAAGAAGGUUCAGGAUCCCCGAACCUGUCCCGUCAUGGAUCCCGGAGCUGUCCCUCAUCACCUAGUGUCCCAAGAAGGUUUAAGCCUAAAGGAUGGCUGGGAAGAAAUAUAUUCUGGACAAAGGAAACUCAAGACAAACUACACACCUAGAUAAACUUCAGACUUAAACAAAAUAAUGUUAUAAACUCUUUUUAACCUGUAUUGUUGAAUAAUAAAUGUAAUCUGUUUUAUA